UGACGUCACGAAUUUAGCAUUGCGCAUGCGUGAUUGGAAUGGCAGAAAAACUAAGAAAUUUUCUAAAUAAGUUACAUUCAGCUUAAUUGUAGGAUUAUUCUUCAUUAUGUAGGGGUAAAACAAUACUCGUAGCUAAGUGGAUUGUAUGAUCUUUACCUGGACUCGGAAAUUAUGUAAAUUUCGAGGGAUGAUAAUGCAGAUAAUCUGAUGUGAAUUUUAAUAAUUUGUCAAAAAAAUCUGAAAAUGGCGACGACUGACUUGAAAACUCAAAAUGAACCCACUUCUGCCAAGAAGAUAUCAUUUGGAAAAACAGACAAGCAUAGACCACCUCCUUUAGAUGUGUCAUUUGCCAGCACCAGUAUGGGCCCUAAGACUCCAACCAACACCCUGACGACGCCACGUGAUGCCAAGGAGAAGAAGAUUGGCCACAGGAGAGUGGACGAAGCAGGACAAGUUACCUAUAAAAAGAAACCUACCUCAGAGUUGAUGGCAGCCAUACAAUUGGGCAUUGGACAAAGCAUAGGAAGCCUUACAUCUAAACCAGAGAGGGAUGUUCUAAUGCAAGAUUUCUAUGUGGUAGACAGUGUCAUAUUCCCAGGUGAAGGCAGUAACUUGACCCCCGCCCAUCAUUACAGCGACUUUCGCUUCAAGACAUACGCACCAAUAGCAUUCAGAUAUUUUAGAGAGCUCUUCGGCAUACAACCUGAUGAUUUUCUUGUGUCCCUGUGUGAUGAGCCUCUGAGAGAACUAUCAAACCCAGGGGCCAGUGGGAGCAUAUUCUAUAUAACAAAUGAUGAUGAGUUCAUUAUAAAAACAGUUCAACAUAAAGAAGCAGAGUUUUUGCAAAAAUUAUUACCAGGAUAUUAUAUGAAUUUGAAUCAGAAUCCGAGGACGCUACUUCCAAAGUUCUAUGGUUUAUAUUGUUACCAGUGUGGUGGAAAAAAUAUUCGGUUUAUUGUAAUGAACAAUUUGCUGCCAACGACUGUAAAACUACAUGAAAAAUAUGAUUUAAAAGGCAGUACAUAUAAACGAAAAGCGUCCAAAUCAGAAAGAGCAAAAAGCUGUCCAACCUGGAAAGACCUUGAUUAUAUGGAGUUACACCAGGAAGGCAUAUUACUAGAGCAAGACACAUAUGUAGCUUUAAUGAAGACUAUUGCCAGAGAUUGUAGGGUGUUAGAAAGUUUUAAAAUUAUGGACUACAGUCUUUUACUGGGAGUACACAAUAUAGACAAGUCAUUUCAAGAAAAAUCAUCUCCGGAAAUAUCCUCACCCGGGAAACCUAACUCUGCCGGAGCAAACUCUAAUUCUUCAGAAAACCCAGGUGCUAUAAAAACUACAAAUCUGCAGCGUAAUAAGUCAAUGAAGACACGUUUAGCAGCAUUCUCUACAGCGAUGGAGUCUAUACAAGCAGAAUCUGAACCAGUAGAACUAGAGGAUGCUGAUGUACCGCCGGGUGGUAUUCCAGCAAGGAACAGUCGGGGAGAGAGGUUACUUCUAUAUAUGGGACUUAUUGAUAUUCUACAGAGCUACAGGGCCAAGAAAAAGCUAGAGCAUGCAUUGAAAGCCAUGGUCCAUGACGGGGAUACCAUUUCAGUACACAGGCCAAAUUUUUAUGCACAAAGAUUUCAAAAUUUCUUUGAACAAUCAGUAUUUAAGAAGAUUCCCUCUCAUAUGUUUAAAUCACAGAUAAAUCAUCUGAAUACAUUGGCACUGAAGCAUUCCCCAUCUAAGAAAAAGGGAGCCUCUAGGAACAGGUCUAUGACUGAGACAGAAACCAGAGCUCCAGAAAAACUCAGAACUAGUAGUUUAGGUCCAAAUGAUGAAAGAGGUGCAAUAGGUGGCAGGCCAGAUUUAUUACCAACCUCAUCAACGCCACCACCAACAUUUGCGGAGUCGCAAGCCGAGGCUCUCCAUGACAGGAUGUCACAUGACAGGGUGUCAGCCAAUGGGCAGCCAGCAGUUAGUGUUAGAUUGUCAAGUUCAGCAGUUUCAGCAACUAUGUCAAAGACCCAAGAAAGUAUCACUUCGUCAAAUACAACAUCAUCCUACCAUACUGCAGAUAGUGAAAUCCAGUCUAGCCGCUCCCCUAUACACAGUCUGUCUGAGUCAACCCCCACCCACACAGAGUUCACUGAGGGUACCCCUAGCUACACUGCCUCUAGUCCCAGCUGCUCCAGUGACGUUUUAGAUGGCUCCAUCAACACUACAGCACAAACAAUAGUCGAGAAGACAACCAUUAUGACAUCAUCACUCAUGACGGCAGGUGAACCCAGUAAUUCUCCAGCCUCUAAAUCUAUUGAGUUGGAGAAGUCAGGUGACGACAAAGAGGAAGAGGAGAAUACGGAAACUGAAGUGUGAGUACACAAACUACACAUCCUUUCCCAUGGUGCUUGGUACCUCCCCUGCUAUCCCAUGAUGCACUGGUGCCACAUGGUGCUAUCCCAUCAUGCACUGGUGUCCCUUUAUAUUCUCACCUUGGUCUGUUGGUGAAGGCUUUGGAAAAUGAAAUUCUACAAAUCAAUUGAAAAAUAAAUAUAAUUAAGUUACAAUAAGAACCUAACAGCAUGACACAAAUUAAUGUGAAAUUUAAUCAAUCAGUCAUGUCACAGUUUGGAAAUUACAUCAGCAUUAGUGUUUCCCCUUUCUUCGUCUUUCAACCUCUCUAAGAUGUGGUUAAUAUUCAGGUAACAAUGUGAAGGUCGUUCUCAAGACAUACAUGUCACUCAGACAACUAUAACUUAUCCAAUACACA